AUGGCUACCCAUGCAGAGGAAUCCCACGAUGCCAUCACCGCCGUGGACACUCCGGCCCAUGGCACAAAAAGAGAAAAGGCAGCGGACUUUCUAGCCACUGUCAAAGAGGAAGAGCGGACAUUCAGCCCAGAAGAAGAGAAGCACGUCCUUAGACGCAUUGAUCUUCGUAUCCUCCCUCUCCUGUUGGGAGCAUACUUCUUCCAACAGCUGGACAAGUCGACGCUGUCUUAUGUGUCCAUCUUUGGCCUCGUCGAGGAUGCGCAUCUACACGGCCAGCAGUACUCAUGGCUGGGGUCUAUUCUGUACCUUGCCCAGCUAGUCGUGCAGCCACUUGCAGCCUUGUUACUUGUGAAAGCUCCUACCGGCAAAGUCAUUGGAACGGCCGUGCUGUUAUGGGGAAGCUCGCUGGCCAUCAUGGCAGCGUGCACGGACUUUCCCAGUCUACUAGGGCUGCGGCUCACCUUGGGGACAUUUGAAGCUAUGAUCGCACCCUCAUGUGUGGCCGUCACACAAAUGUGGUGGCGUCGAGGCGAGCAGACCCUCCGGACAGCGAUAUGGAACGCGAUGAACGGGGUCACCUUUAUAGUCGGUAGUCUAUUCACCUACGGACUCGGCCACAUCCACAGCGACAGCCUCUACUCCUACCAAAUAAUCUUCAUGUUCUGCGGCCUCCUCACCGUCGCCUACUCAACUCUAGUCCUCCUCUUCAUGCCCGACUCCCCAAUGGAAGCCAAAUUCCUCUCCGAACGCGAAAAAGUCAUCGCCGUGGAACGUCUCCGGGCUAACCAAAUGGGCAUCAUCUCGCGGGAGUGGCGAUGGGAUCACGUCUGGGAGACAGCAUACGAUGUGAAGACGUGGCUGUGGUUUUUUCUCAUCGUGACUAUCUCAAUACCCAGCGGCGGCAUCAGCACAUUCGGCAACUUGAUCAUCAAAUCCUUCGGCUACGGAUCGUUCGAAACCAUCCUGUUCAACAUCCCUUUUGGCGUGAUUCAAGUCAUCGCCAUUUUAGGCGGAGGAUGGCUGGCUGCAAGGUUCCAGAGGAAGGGGCUCGUGAUUGCCCUGUUUGCGGGGAUUUCUGCCAUUGGGACGUUGUUGAUGGUUGUUGUGCCGAGGGAGCAGAAGGGCGUGCUUUUGUUUGGGUAUUACUUGGUCUCCUGCCUCGCGGCCAUAACGCCCCUCGUGUACGCCUGGGAAGCGCAAAACACAGCCGGCGAUACGAAGAGGAAAUGUACGUCGGCUGUGGUCAUCGGCCCCCAACUCUACUCCACCUCCCAAGCACCGCUAUAUCGACCGGGCCUUAUAUCGAAUCUUAUCCUGUUUGUGCUGGUAGCUGUUUUUGCUAUUCUCGUUAAUCUAUACCUCAUCUACCUCAAUCGGAAACAUGCAAGACGGAGAACGGAAUUGGGCAAGUCGGCUCGGAUUGUGGAUGAGUCCAUGUCUAGAAAGAAGGCGGUGGAGCAGGGGAAGGUGGUGGAGGUGGAGGAUGUGGGUGUUAAUGUCAAUGUGACGGGGGAGAGGGGGGAGGUGGAUGGUGAUAAGGGAUUUUCGGAUACGACGGACUUGAAGAACGAGGAUUUUAUUUUUGUUUAUUAA